AGUGAUAGUAUCUUUGUUAAGCCAGAGCAGACUUAAAUGGUUGGACAUAACUGGAUCCAGGUUCUCUGUAAGUGAAGUAGAUUGGUGUGAAGCCAAGAUCCACAUACUGCCAAUAGUCUGGACAUCCCACUCCCGUCAGGAGCUGCUCCCAUGAACGCUGCUCUCUUUCUUUUAUUACUAGAUGUCUACGAGGGGACCUUUGCCGUUGGUCUGAUUUAGACUCGUUGUGAUCACACUGGAACCCCCUGUUCCUGUACGUACAAACACUUCCAUCGGGUUUCCCGCACACCUCGGUGGAGAAAAGCAGCAGGAAAACAAUCGUGGUAGCAUUUUUAUCUUCUUAAACAGAAAGCAACAGGUGUGAAACAUCCAACUCGGUAAUUAUUUCUAACUGAAGCAAUUAUUACUCUUGACGACACUGUGGACGUGGUGCACCAACAAUGUUUCCUUAGUUUCCCUGGCGGCGCGCCUGCUCCUCGGUUUCCAAGCCAGGGCUGUGGACUGUUCGCAUUCUGCUGACUCCCCAAUGCUUCCAACAUUUCACUGGAUUAUAACCGAGGAAAAUAACACGUUUACGGUUAACGCUGUCAUUUACUGAGAUCAUUGGGUUCUAGUAUUCUACUUCUCGCAUUUGGUGAAAGGCGAAGGCGUUAAAAGCGCGCUAAGAAACCUUUUUCAGUGAAUAUACGCAUUUUGGCCCAGCACCGUACCGAGAAGUGCACGGUGAUGGCGCAUCGGAUCCGCGUCCUGCUGCUGCUGCACCUCGCUGUGCCGCUGCUGGGCUGGCCGACCGGAGCGGGCCGGGUACGAAAAAAGGCCCCCAGGUCCCGGUCUUGCGUGGACCUGCCGGAGGAGAUUUUGGAGCAGAUGUUUGGUCGGCUGUCGGUGGGAGUGAUGAGUGCUUUUCACCACGCACUGGAGCUGGAGCCGCAUGACAUGCUCAACCUGACGUGCCCGAGCUCCGCACGGUCCCCGACCGACAGCAAGACCCGCCUCCCGGUCAACCUGCUCAGCAUCUCCCCCUGGGCCUACAGAAUCUCGUACGACCCGGCAAGGUACCCCCGCUACGUCCCUGAGGCUUACUGCCUGUGUAAGGGCUGCCUGAUUGGACCGUACGGUGAGGAGAGUGACCAGUACCGCAGCACUCCGGUCUACGCUCCCUCUGUCAUCUUGAAGAGAGCAGGCUCCUGUCUUGGCGGCCGCCACUCUUACGCCGAGGUCUAUGUCUCCAUCGCUGUGGGAUGCACCUGCGUGCCGCUGCUGGAGAAGGAGAGGGACGGCCAGAACAGCAACCAAAGCCUGGAGAGAGCAGAGGCCAAAGCCAAACAGCUCGUCUCUGCGGGGAAGAAAGUAUGAAGGAAGCUGGACUGUGGUACUCCAGAUAUGUUUUAUUUUAUUUUUUACACCUGAUGCACAUUUCUGGUCUUCGUCCUUCCCCAUUGACAUUUUUAUUAAUUUAAGGGAAUAUACUUGUAAAGUAGAAGCCCCAUUAGUGUCCCUAAUCAAGCACACAUUAUAUAUUUGCAUGAUGAAUGGAUAGUACAGAGGUACUGAUUAACAUCUCUGUUCAUUUUUGGGAAAGGUUUUUCAUCUAAAAGCAAAUAAGGAUGUAGUUUGUUGUUUGGUUUGCUCUCCAAUAGGACUUAUCUUGCCUGCUUACAUUCUUGGCUUGGUUAUAACACCCUAUGGACCCGACCUUGGUGAUGUCUUGACUACAGUUGUUUAAGGAUACAAAAAUCAAAGUUAUUGUAUUAGCUGGACUGAAGACAAUACGGCUAGAAAUCCAGAGUAAACUAGAUGAAACUCUGACACUUGAAGGGUUGGUUCAGCUCAGUGUACAGAAAACCUAUUUGACAUACUUAUUGUAUCUAGUAAUACAGUUAGUUUUUUUGCUCAGGUUUUGAGAAAUGUAUCUGAGAUUUCUACACCAAAAAAAAAAGGGUGGAGGCAGAAAUCUUAGAGAAGGACAUCUCAAAACCUGGACAAAUAAAACCAAUAUCAUUAUGGAUAGAGAAAUAAAUGAGAAUGUGUUUAUUUGUAAUUUGGGUGGACCAACAAAAGUUAACAUAUUGACCAAUGGAAUAAAAUGCCUGAU